UUCUGUCCUAUUAAAAGUGGGCGUGUACAGAGUCAAUGAUCAAGUAGCCAAACUUCCGUGCCUUGCAAGCGCAGCUUAGCUGUUUUCUUUGGUUCAAAUACUGAAAGAGGAGCUUCAGGACUCCCUGAUUUCUCUGUGAAGCAACUGUGAAGACUGCUGUAUUGAAAUCUGUGUGAUUUAGGUUGAUCUGAGUUGUUAAGAACUGUACAAGCUGUACAUAUAAAGUAGUGACCACCUCACUGAAAGCUUUUGUUAGAAGACUGCCAUGAUGAUGCCCAUGGCAAGUCAAGAAUGUGACCCUGAGGUUCUAUUUACUCGUCAAGAGAAGAUAGGAAAGGGAUCUUUUGGUGAAGUCUUUAAAGGGAUUGACAAUCGCUCUGGGAAAGUGAUUGCCAUGAAGAUCAUUGACCUGGAGGAAGCAGAAGACGAAAUAGAAGAUAUCCAACAGGAGAUCUACAUGCUCUCUCAGUGCGACUCACCUCAUGUGACCAGAUAUUUUGGCUCCUAUCUCAAGGGUACGAAGCUAUGGAUCAUCAUGGAGUAUGUGGGUGGAGGCUCUGCUCUGGACUUGAUGAAGGCUGGUAACGUCAGUGAGCCAUACAUAGCCACCAUGCUGAGGGAGAUACUCAAGGGCCUCGACUACCUGCACAGCGAAGGGAAACUGCACAGAGACAUCAAAGCUGCAAAUGUACUCCUCUCUGAGAAUGGAAGCGUGAAGCUGGCUGACUUCGGAGUGGCUGGUCAGCUGACAGAGUCACUCAACAAGCGAAAAACAUUUGUAGGCACACCUUUCUGGAUGGCCCCUGAGGUCAUCACACAGACUGCUUAUGACACAAAGGCGGACAUUUGGUCUCUGGGUAUCACAGCCAUUGAGCUGGCUCAAGGGGAACCCCCUCACGCAGACCUCCACCCAAUGAGAGUACUCUUCUUAAUCCCCAAGAGCAACCCACCAGAUCUUCAAGGAAGCUACUCCAAGGCCUUCAAAGAGUUUGUGGCCCUCUGUCUCAACAAAGACCCCAAAGAUAGACCAAACUCUAGAGAGCUACUGAAGCACCGGUUCAUCAAAAAUGCGAAGAAAACCUCGUCUCUCCAGGACCUUAUAGAGAGACACCGAAGAUGGAAGGCCAACGGCGGGGACAGUGGGGACGAGAUUUCAGACAAUGACAGCAGGGGAAGUCAGUCAAGCACAGAAGAUAUGCAGUGGAACUUUGAGACAACCAAGGAGACAAAGCCAAUUGUUAGGUCAAGCCUCAAAAAUAUAGUGGGAAAUGGCAGCUCUGAGGAACCCCAGGUCAAUCAUGUCACCGAACCACCCCCCAUUGCCACAGCACCCAUGGAGGUCGAACGACUAGCAAACGUUGAGACAAAAUUGGACGACACGCCAAGAGUACCUUUUCCGCCAACACGAUUGUCAAACGGCCACACAGAGGAGUUGGAGUCAACUGAGGUACCCCCUCCUCCAGCAUCGAAGGAGUCAACUGAGGUACCCCCUCCUCCAGCAUCGAAAGAGUCAACUGAGGUAUCCCCUCCUCCGGUAUUGCAAGAGCCAUCUCGUGAACCUACAGUGGAUAAAAUGGAGGUGGAGUCUCAGAGCGAGAGUGAAGACGAAGAUGACAGUGUCAUAACCGAUACAAUAGAAAGCCGAGAAGUGACGGCUAAGGAGGGCGGAGCAAGACACAUGAGUGCGAUGUCCGUAUCAGAGGAGACUCGAGCACUCGACGAGGCACUGUCCAGGAACUCUGUCAUGAGUAUGGAGGACUCCACAACGGAACUGCCGAGAGAGGAGGGGACAGAGAGAGAAGACCCCGCCCUGUAUGAGCACGUGGGAGGUAGCAGCAGCAGUGAGGAGGAUGUCCAGCUUAUGAAGACGGCACCUGAGGCCACUCAGUCACUGGUGUCUAAUAACAGAUCAGGAAGAGUGAAUUCUGUCAUCCAACCAAUCCUUGAUCGAUUUAAAAUCAAGUUGUUGUCCGAUGAAGAUGGGGAAUCUCCCUCUGCCACACCCCCAGACACGACAACCAUAGACGAGCUGAAGAGAGCGUUUGAGCUUGUGGAAGUAUCCAGUCCGGGGAUCAGCGACCAUCUCCUCACUCGUAUCUACGUUUAUCUGCAACACAGCGCAACUGCAUCUCUUCCGUCUCAACACUAGAGAAACUUUUAAGCAAUCUUUCAGAAGGACUAGUAAGAGAUUGUCACUGUUUAUUGUUUUCUUGUGGUUGUGUGUACGUUUUUGGUUUCUGUAACACUGACAGAGCAGUGCAAUCCGGCAUUAUACUAGAGCCCCAAUGGCACCCUAUUUCUAACACAUCACUGAAAUAGUAUGUAGAAUAUCUCUUGCACUUUUCAAUACACUGUUCAUGUUGUAUGUUGCAACUGUCUUGUAAUGUGUAAUAAUUAUGUCAAUACUUGG